GACCCCCGCCCGCCCCGCCCCGCCCGCGGCAGCCUGUGGCUUCUUCCCCCGUCGCUCCAGGUCGGUUUUUCCCGGCGACUCUAGGGGGACUUUCAAACUCCCGGGCUCCGGGACACCUCGGAAUUUGCCCCCGCUUCCCGCUCGCUCCCCUCGGGCCCCGGAGCGUCGCGAGCGCCCCAGGGGUCGCCCCAGGAGGGCGCUCGGGACCGCGGGCAGCGCAGCCUGCAAGCAGGGGGACGCCGGCGGCAGCGACGAUGAAGCCGUCGUGGUUGCAGUGUCGCAAAGUCACCGGCGCCGGGGGACUCGGGGGGGCCCUGCCCGCGUCCUCUCCCGCUCGGGGAGCCGGCCUGGCCCGCAGAGCGUUCGUGGCCCCCGGCCCGCGGGGAGCUCUCGCGGGCCGGGGCUGCCGGGUGCUGUCCUCGAGCUGCGGCGAGUACAAGCGCCACUUCGCGGCCUCGGUGGCCGACCCCGAGAGGUUCUGGGGCAAAGCCGCGGAGCAGAUUAGCUGGUACAAGCCGUGGACCAAAACGCUGGAGAACAGACAUUCGUCUUCCACCAGUUGGUUUGUGGAAGGGAUGCUGAACAUGUGCUACAACGCCAUCGAUCGUCAUAUCGAAAGUGGGAAGGGGGACAAGGUCGCCAUCAUUUACGACAGUCCCGUCACAGAUACGAAAGCCACCAUUACCUAUAAAGAAGUCCUGGAGCAGGUCUCCAGGCUGGCUGGUGUUCUGGUCAAGCAUGGCGUCAGCAAGGGGGACACUGUGGUCAUUUACAUGCCCAUGAUCCCUCAGGCAAUGUACACCAUGCUGGCCUGUGCCAGGAUAGGCGCCAUCCACAGCCUCAUAUUUGGGGGAUUCGCAUCCAAAGAACUAAGCAGCCGCAUUGAUCACGCAAAGCCCAAGGUGGUUGUUACAGCGUCAUUUGGCAUUGAACCUGGAAGGAAGGUAGAAUACAUGCCAAUUCUAGAAGAAGCGAUGAGAAUAGGACAACACAAGCCAGACAAAGUUCUCAUUUAUAAUCGUCCAAAUAUGGAGACGGUUCCCUUGGCUUCAGGGCGUGACCUCGAUUGGGAUGAAGAGAUGGCAAAAGCACAGUCGCAAGAUUGUGUUCCUGUUCUUUCUGAACAUCCACUGUAUAUUCUGUACACAUCUGGAACGACAGGGUUGCCAAAGGGUGUGGUGCGGCCCACUGGGGGCUAUGCUGUGAUGCUCAACUGGACAAUGUCUUCUAUCUAUGGGCUUAAACCUGGAGAGGUGUGGUGGGCAGCUUCUGACUUAGGCUGGGUUGUCGGACAUUCCUAUAUCUGUUAUGGACCUCUUAUACAUGGGAACACAACGGUUUUAUAUGAGGGGAAGCCUGUGGGGACGCCGGAUGCUGGUGCUUAUUUCCGAGUGCUCGCAGAGCAUGGAGUGGCUGCCUUGUUUACAGCGCCGACUGCAAUUAGAGCAAUCCGUCAACAGGACCCUGGGGCCGCCUUGGGGAAGCAGUACUCUUUGACAAGGUUCAAAACAUUAUUUGUGGCUGGAGAACGAUGUGACGUGGAGACCCUGGAGUGGUCCAAAAAGGUCUUCCGAGUCCCCGUCCUAGACCACUGGUGGCAAACUGAGACUGGAUCCCCAAUUACAGCAUCCUGCAUUGGAUUAGGUAACUCCAAAACGCCUCCUCCAGGGCAAGCAGGAAAAAGUGUUCCAGGAUACAACGUUAUGAUUUUGGAUGACAACAUGCAAAAACUGAAGGCGCGGUGUUUAGGAAAUAUCGUGGUAAAGUUGCCAUUACCACCUGGAGCGUUUUCAGGACUCUGGAAGAAUCAGGAAGCAUUCAAGCAUUUAUACUUUGAAAAAUUUCCUGGCUACUAUGACACCAUGGAUGCUGGUUACAUGGAUGAAGAAGGCUAUGUGUAUGUUAUGUCUCGUGUUGACGACGUGAUAAAUGUUGCAGGUCACAGGAUUUCUGCAGGUGCCAUUGAAGAGUCUCUCCUUUCCCAUGGCACCGUGGCGGACUGUGCUGUCGUGGGCAAGGAGGAUCCUUUGAAAGGCCAUGUGCCACUAGCCCUCUGCGUGUUGAGAAAAGACAUAAACAUAACAGAGGGACAAGUUUUAGAAGAAAUUGUGCAACAUGUCAGACAGAGCAUUGGCCCCGUGGCUGCUUUUCGGAAAGCUGUGUUUGUUCAACAGUUGCCCAAAACCCGAUCUGGCAAAAUUCCCCGCGCCGCCCUGUCCGCCCUCGUCAACGGCAAGCCGUACAAGGUGACUCCUACGAUCGAAGACCCCAGCAUUUUUGGGCACAUAGAAGAAGUGCUGAAACAGGCAUUGUGACCUUUUGUUUCUCCUUUUUUUGAAUCCCGUUUCUAAUUGGAGCCAAGUUUUGGAAUUCUUUCCCAGAGAUAAUUUACAUGCAGACUGAAAUGUGAAUCAUAAAGACCUGUGCCUUCUGUUUGAUCAGCCCAAUUAGCACUCUUACCCGUUGCUGCUAGGGUAUCUCAUUAUGGGUUUGCCAGCACUUCAGUUUAAGAAAAAUAUAUCUAAGGCAUGAUUUUUCAAACUGGUACCCACUAAAAAAGAAAAAACAAAACCACUUUGACUGAAAGUGACACUAAUAUCAAGCCACUUCCUUAAAGGGGGGCUCUGCAGCUUUGACCCAAACCUAAAACCCAAGUUGACGUCAGAAAAUAGUUACCCCUUUCUUGGAGAAAUUCUGAGUAUUUUCUAAUAUUCUUGAGAUGCCCACAUGCUUGGUUAUUUUAAAUGAAAGAGCUGUGAUACAAAGUUUUAGGUUGUCAUCUAGACAUGCUUUUGGUAGGAGAAUCUGUCUGGUUAUCAGUCCCCUUCCUGAGGGGAGGGCUGGGUAGCGGGUAUCGUGCCUGGUGCUCAGUCAAGGGAAAUAGACCCAGAGGCGGGUUCAUCCUCUUUCUUCGUCCUGGAGAUGAAGGCUCUUUGGAGCCCCUCCUCCUAUCGGGUUCUUAGCUGUCUGUGUAUUUCUGAGUGAUUCAGCUUCUUUUGGAGAAAAGGCAAUGAUGUAGCAAUGGGUAAACUGGCAGGGAAAGCUCUUAGGAAGAAAUGUAAACAUUUUUUACAUUAUGUUCACGACCAGGAGGAGUUUUAAGGGAAACGCAAAAUCCAUGUUAUGUGAGGUCUCUAAUUUUUAAAUAACUCACUAAAAAACUCACAUCCAAAAAGAAAAAGAAAGUAAAGUAAAGGAGUUCCCGUCAUGGCUCAGUGGUUAACAAACCCGACUGGUACCCAUGAGGAUGCGGGUUCCAUCCCUGGCCUUGCUCAGUCGGUUGAGGAUAUGGUGUUGCCUGGAGCUGUGGGGUAGGUUGCAGACGCGGCUCGGAUCUGGCAUUGCUGUGGCUGUGGUGUAGGCUGGUGACUGUAGUUCUAAUUCACCCCUAGCCUGGGAACCUCCAUGUGCUGUGAGUGCGGCCCUAAGACCCAAAAAAAAAAAAAAACCCAAAAAUAUCAUGUCCAAAGCACAUCUUUCUAUUUAAACUUAGGUAAACUGUUGAGCGUUUAAAAAAAAUAACUGACGAUGAGUCUUUGUUAUUAAGCUUAGGAUAAUAUGUCAAUUAACCAGAGAGUAGAUAGAGAUAGAUUAUUAAAUAUUGGUUUGCUUAGGGUUCCACAUGAGAUCAAUUAUCAAAGACUACAUUUAAACCCCAAAAUAUACCAUAUCCAUUUGAGUCUUUGAUAAUUCUCAAAUUAUCCUUCAAUCUUUCAGUCCAUUGGGAAUGUCAUUUUUAAAAGCAAUUGUCUUAUCAUACUAAUCUGAAUAUGAAAUAUAUCCGAGAGAUAAAAGAGCUUACUGUUUUUUCCUAAAAUUGCUUACAGCUUGUAUAAAGACAUUCUGAAAACGUUAGUUUUUUUGGUUGGACUUUAGACUGUAAAAUGUAUGGCUCCUCAAAGUGAAUGGUUAUUUGCUAAAGGUGACUUUUAGAUUGUUAGAUCUGAAAAAUAUAUCCCCUUCAUGGUUCCUGUUAAUUAUUGUAGUAGCCCAAGUUAAGCCCGUUAGACAUUCAACGUAUAAUUUGAAGCUCUCGGGUUCCUUAAACUGUCUCUUCUCUUAGGUACAUUGUAUCCAUUAUCACAACUGCAAUCUUAACAAAUCAUACCUCUUUUCUGUGUUUUAGCAUUAAAAUAUGUUACCCUAUUUUUUGUAUAAAAUUCAGUUAAUUUGAAAUGGCAAAUUCUUUAGCUGAAUGUGUAUGAUGGUUUGUUAAGUAUAAACUCAGGCAGAUCCAAGAAUUGUGAAAAGGUGACAUCUUUGAGUCUCUUGCACAUUUUUCCUGGUAAUCAAAUCUGAAGGGACACUUUGGCAAGCCGGCUUGAGUUAUUUUCCUGUUAAGUGGGAUUGGGAAACAGUGCGUAAGACUGUGGAAGGGACGUUUUCUUUUAUCUGGUUGAGGAAGUUAAUCUCCUUUGCACGGUCAGACAAAGUACUGUCUAAAUAUGGGGCAGUAGAGAUACAGUCAAGUUACCAGAUGGCUUAAAUUUUUGAAGGAAAAACAAAUUUUCUAUUAAUACUUAACCAUUAAGUAUUUUCACUCAGUAGUAAAGUACUCAGUAGUACAUUUUGAAUUAAAUGUCUUCAAAAAUAACAAUGUUACUAAAAAUGUCACUUACUAAAAUAAAUUCUUGAAAAAUUAAAAUGUAAAUAUCUUCUUUUAAAAUCUGUAGCAGUGUUUGCCAAUGAGUUAUUUUGCUUGUGAAAGUGUAUUAAAUACGUACAGGUGAGAUACUUACAUUUAAAAGCUGUUUUAUCUAUAGAAAAUGAUAUGUGUAGAGGCUUUAUUAAAAAUGUGAAAAUUCAUAAUAGAUGGUCAGAGGGAAGAAAACCAAGGUUCGAAGCUUAAUCCAUUAAAUGGGUUUUAGACUCUGGCAGGAAUGAACUGAUACAUUGAAGAAUAUUUUAUGGUUUUUGAGACAAAUAACUGGAUAUUUUAAUUCCCUAUAGAUUAGAGUCUACUAUAAAUGAUUAAAAUCUCUUAAUAGGUUAUCUCUAAAGAGAAAAAUUGUUUAAAUCAUGAAUGGUAGAUAUAAAUCUAGGUUAUAUUAGUAUGAUACCGUUACCUCUGUGCUAUAUUUUAUUUUUGUAAGGCAAGAUCCCCACAUUCAGAUGGACUUAAAAAGCUCUUCCCCAAUGUUCCUAGUCAGGCGACGUUUUUUUCUAGAAAACAAAAUCACGCUCAUAAGCAAGUUUAGUGCUCCCUCUUGUGGCAGACUCACCUUUGACAAUGAGUAACAGCUUGAGCAUCACUAAGAAUGAUUUUCGUUAGAGUUGAAGUACAAGUUUAAACUCAACGUGACUAGAAAACAACGCUUAAACAGAGACCUGGAAGUAUUUUUUUUUUUUAUUGACAAUGGAGAGGGUUUCUGUAACCAUUACCUGUUGACUGAAUCUGUUAAACAAAAAUGGACAUCAAAACAAAUGGAAUGUACGUGCAAACAUAGCAAAUUAAAUACAAAAAGUAAAUUACUCAUGACAGGUCUUGCGCUUAAUAAGAUCAAGCAGCAGGAAAUCAGCAGUUCGAUAAAUGGUAUUGUUAACAGAUUGUACUUUGAAAUCUCCCAUAUAAACAAAGAAACACCAGUCACACCACCAAGUAAAGCCACAGGGAAGAGAUCACUCUUCUAUACUUUUAUACACUAUGUAUGUUUAUCUUUCUGUCUUUCAUUUAUUUCCUCUGAUAAGACUGACUUCAGGGAAGUCGCAUCAAGGCCCACUCGGCUAAAAGCAUACAAGAUUAGACAUGAGUCUGGCUAAUGCCCUGUUAUGUUGAUCAAAGGGAAGGGUUUCUGGGGUUUUGUGUUUUUUUUUCCAGUGGAAAUGACCUCAGACUCUGCCGUGGUUGACGUGCACUGAACAGCGCUGGCGGGCGGUUCAAGGUAUUCGGAUGAACAUGGGGUGCUCGGUAAAGAAGUUUUUUUUUUUUUUUCUUUUUUUUUUUUUCCCUUGGCCCAUAGGUAAUAAUAAGAGAAGACAAUGCUUUUUUCUUUAUAAAUUUUUUUUUAAAGAAUUGCUUUUGACUCUUGUAAACAGUUUGGCUUUGUUUUGUCUUGAAAAGGAGAUCGAGCCAUCACAGUGCUAUUUCUAAAGAUAGAGGACAUCCCUGAUUGCCUUUACAGGUCUGUUUUUGGCUCCAGUUCCAGGUUAAAUCAUCCCUUUUUACAUGAUCAGAGGCAGGUUUUCAGCUUUAAGGAUCGACAGACUUGAAGGAGAAACACAUGGAAGCAUGAAGCAUGCUUCCAGGAAACAUAUCCAUUUGACUGUUACAAUUCAAAAACUGUAAAAAUGGUGGCAUGGUAAAAUACAAACAGUACUUGGAAUUGUCAAGUGUUUGCACUCAGGACUCCAUGAACCAUAUAUUUUAUUUUUUUAAAAAAUCAUAUUUAUAUCCAUUUACAUAAGACUUACACAUUUAAAAAGAAAUACAUACACAGUAAUACAUAAAUGCCUAGUAUAUUACAGUAAAACAUGAAAAAACAAGUGGCUCCAUUUCAUAAAAGCAUCUGUUGUACAGAAUUUAUGAUGUGGAUGAUGCUUAUUAUUCAAAUGACUGAAGCAUUUUCUUACAAUUGUAGUAAACUCAUCAAACUUAAUAUCCAUUCCCCCCCCACCCCAAAUCACAUUGUCGGCUUACUAAACCGUUAGUUGUGGUUAUUUCUGUAGACUUGAGUCUUGACAAAGGUUUUCGCUGCUUGUCUUCUUGGAUGGUAGUGCACUUUAGGUAGAGUAGACUGAAAAGACGACAUCUAAAAUAGUUAAUGCAGAGCAUUAGUUUACUGAAAAGUCCCAGACUGGAAAUAUCUCCCUCUGCUGCUCUCGGUGCACCUUCAUGCAUCCUGCUUAAUUUCUCUCCUAACAGGUAAUGAGUAGCAUCGUGUUUCCAGUCUAACCGACAGCUGUAUGUGAGCGUUGCUCCGCUCUCAUUUUGUGCAGGCAAGCUUCAGAAAUAAGACGGGCUCACCUUUGUGGAAAGUGUGGCAGCAAUGCAAACAAAGGUAUUCACAGAAAAUGUGAGCAGUCCUUUUGAAAAAUGUACUGCAUGCUCAUUAAUCAAUUGAGUUGAUCUACUCUCAUGGAAUAGGUUUGUCUUCUAACUCAUUUUUUUUAGAGCUCUUCAAAAGAUGCACUUUUGUUCAAUUUUGACAAAAACAAAAUGAUACUCAUUAACGUAAAGAAUCUGGUCAGGGAUGUAGCAUCACUGAUUCUGUCUGGUCAUAAUAUACUUAGAAAAAGAUCACAGUUACUAUCCUAACACCAGAGAAAUAAUAAUCUGUUCUGAGUUAUUUUAAUAACAAAAGUGCCAGUGAAUCCUCAGAAUAGAAAUGGGUUGUCCCAGAUUAACUUACUGGAAAUAAAUACCUUUGUCCCAUUUAAUGGUUAAAAACUAGGAAAUAUUAACUAGAAUGCCGUGCACAAAAUACAGAUUGCAAAGAGUUAAAGUGUAGUUCUACCCAUCAGUCAAGAGCUAAGAAGCAAGCAUUACUCAAUAUAUUAAAUAGUCAUUUGUAAAUUAGUGAAGUAUUCAGUUCCUGGGAAAUUAUCAUGUUAUGUGUUGAAGCUAUUACAGACAGUAUUUUGGAAAGCCUCUUAUUUAGCCAAAUUAUUACAUACUUUAGAUCAUGCCUAAUGAGAUGCCAAAUUGUAUACUGUAAUUAAAAUUUUAAUGUUAGGGUUUUACAUUCUGAAAUUAAGUCUCUUAUCUGAAAGCUUUUUGUUUUAUCAGUAGCAGCUUCAAAUAGUGACCCAAAUAAGGCAGCGUAUCAGCUCCUAUAUUAGGCCCCAAAGACCAUCAGUAAAUUGCGUGGAGCUUUUAGUUCAAGGCAAUGAAUAAACAGCACAAGAUGAGCUGUGCCUCUCCCCCUGCACACAGAUUUGACUCCAAAUACUGCCCUAAAAAACGUUUUUCCAAAAUACGAAUUCAUCAUAAAUGGUAGAAUAUUUACCAAUGGGAGAGUUUUAGGUUAAAAAAAUUAUGAGUUCUUGACAUUUCUAAUAGAGGAAAAUAGUUUUACUGAGACUAUUUUUCAGCAAAACUCCAUUUUCAUAUGCAUCUGGAAAUAGAUUCCAUCAACUAGGAUUUCUCUACAUAAAAAUGCCUUCUAUCUUAUGAUCAUAUAGCGAGGUGUUCUGUUAGUGUUGUCUGCCAGUCUUAGAAGUAAUUUCACUCUGUCCUAUGCUGUAAGCCUCAGAUACUUUAAAUUCCUAUUUGUUUUCAACAACUAUAAAUCCCAUUGAUGAAAAACAACAUGCCAAAAGUUCAGAUUUGUUUCAGUUAUACUUUUCUUUUUAAUGGGAAGUUAAUCCAAAUCAUUUUCCUGUCUCUGUCACCAUUUGCUUCUGUGUACCUCCUCGAAUAUUAUUUGCCUAUUUCAGCUUCCUCUAUAUAAAAUACUCACGUAAAACUAUAUUAUUCUGUAAGCACCAAACUCUCCUCAAUAAAAUGCUAUGUGCAUGGAUAUAAAAUGCUACUGCAAAGUGGAAGCCAGUGUGUAACCACCCAUUGACAUGUUGUUAGUGACAGGCCUCCACACAUGGGCCUUAAACCAUAGCAGACGGACGGUGAUAGGAAAUCCUGGGUUGAGAGUUACAAGUAAAGAUUCCUUUCCACCCUCUAGAACGUCACAGGGGUGAUCUCACUUCUGUACUGCCAGGCCGUACCAGAGCAUAUCAUGUAGUUUUACUAGCCUAUGGAGGUUCCAUUUUUUUUUUUUUUUUUUUUUUGGCGGUUUGAUUUUUGUCAGCCAAGGAAGACUACUCACAGCAAGUCAGUGCUGCCUCCUUUGAGUGGCUUGUCAACAUGAGUAUGUGCGAACAGAGGAGCUGUCUAACCUCUGCAGUCUUGAUGAAGCAACUGCAAAUGGAGAAAAGGGCUUUAGAGGGAUUGUGAUGAUUGAAUGCAAAAUCCCAGACGAGAAAGAUUUCUUUCCCCUGCAUAAAGGGGUCUGAGCCUACGAAUAGACCUUCUUUCUCUCCGAUCGAAGCCACUCACAUUCCUUUUCUCUAGGUCAAGUAACUAAUGAAAGUUUAUUCCAGUGUGAUUCAACGGAGCUUUCAAGUUGUGUAUUCCUCCUUAGAUGAGUCUGCAACAAGAACAGCUCCCCUGGGUGCUCCUGUUUUUGAAGCAAAGGUUGCUCUUAGAAACAUCAGUGUGAUGGAUUUUUUUUUCCCCUCCAAUAUUGAAAAGUUUCUACACUCCUUUGAAUCAUGUUAAAUUCCUCAUGAAUUUUGCGAAUGUGUUCCAUAAGAGUCACAAGUUAGAGGAAAUGUAGGUAGAUCAAAGAUUAUGGUUGAUGUUGGAACUAAUUUUAAGGGCCUGACAACUGCCAUCUUGAAAAGAAAGAAAGAUUCUAGAUGAUUGUCUCAAGAGAGACAGAGGGACUUUUUGUCGAAGGCCUACCAGACAGACAUAACUUUGUGACUACCAUUCCAAAGUUGUCUCUCCUCCACAGUGUCUGUUUUUCUUUGUGAAGUGUACAACACAAGUCUAAUGUCCACAGAAGGAAAUACUAAUGGGGAAAUUACUGUUGUUUUUUGUGUUUGUUUAGCUCUCUUCUCACAGUUGUGCUUGUUUAUUUAAGGCCUUCUGCCUUGGUCAGAGGUGAACAUUUAUCUGAUGAGUCUGAGUUUCUAUGAUGAAAUAUAAAACUUGUAAUAGUCAAACAUGUAGGUGACAGUGGAGUUAUUUUCCAUUUACUAAGGACCUUUGGUCCAAAUCCAACCUCUAAAAAAUUCGUGUACUUGACAAAUCGAAGAGUAAAGAAACACAAAUCAUGCAGAUGUUUGGUUUUCUUCCUAGAUGUGGACAUUAGCCAAAAUUGGCCUUUUUAGGAUACUGUCAACUAUUUUAAAAAUGUGAGUAAAGUGCCAUGAGUUCAUGCAUUAGCGUUGUACAAAAGAGCAUGGUCUGAUGAAAGCAAAGUAAACUUCAAGCAGAGCAAACCAACUCAAGGAAAGAACCGCUUCCAGAAAGCUGUGCAAGAUCAGAGAAUGAUAGCAUUGGCUAAACAAGCUUUCGACUUUAGAAGCAGAAAUGCAAAACUACUGUACCAUCCGUUGUCAUUUUCCUCGACUGCCCAGAUGUUGUGGUUAACCUAAAUCCAGCCGGUAAUGUUUCUGAGGACCCAGGCAUCAUGCUGAUUCCGUGUACUUCUCGCGGAGGAAACUGCCUUCUCCAGGUUGACCCACGCCUGAAAUUCUUGUCAUCACUCUGCCAGUACAGAGUUAUAAUUUGAUGUAAUGAAAGCAGGUAAACUAGUCCAGGUGCUUAAAACUGUGUGCUUAGAAAUACGUAACUCUGAUUAUUUAUACUGUCUGUAAAGUAUACAUAUGGAAUAGUAUGCUUUAUGUUGAGAGUUCUGUUGAUUCCAAAAGGAGAAUGCAGGAGAUGUGAAAUAGUAAUACUUUUAUUAAAAAUUCAUAUGAUUUCAAUCUAAGACAUAUAUAAAAAGUAAAAUCUUUGAAAAUCUAAAAUCAAAGUAAAAUCUUUGAAAAUCUAAAAUAAAACCACCAAGUUUUUCCAAAAAGAACAUUGGACAUACUGUGUGGCACUUUAUGCCGAAGGUUUUAUGGUAUGAGUGAGAUGAGACUCUUCGUUGACUUAGUGUUGGGUAAAUUCUGUUUGAUCCACACACUUGAAUAACUGUUUCAUGCUUUUCGCCUUUAUGUAUAUAUACAAAAGAUACAUCUUAUGGGAAAUCUAUAUUUGAUACAGCCUGGCUCAUUUGAGAUAUUAUAAUUUAUUUUCUAUGUGAGAAACUAAAUCUGUCAUUUGUUAGAUUUCAGCUGAUACAGAAUUAACAUGUAAUUUGUUGAAGAAACCAGUGUAGCUGGACAUCUUCCUUUUAGUAAAUACAUGUGCUCAUUAGAUGCCACUAAAAGCAUCAUGUAACUAGUUGCUGGUUUACAGUGUAGUUCUGGUUGCUGAUCCUGUCUUCAUGACACAAGCUCUUUUCUCUCUGUGCAUAAAAUACCUGCACACAGACAGUUAUUUCCUCUGAAUCAGUGAGCAACACUGUGUAAUGUAGCAUUUCACUGACAUUAUUCUUUUUAUCUAAUCUAAGGAAGAUAGUAAUUUUACCAAGUUCUAUCUUCUUAUAUCACUAAGUUUCUCAUCUAGGGAAGGACUGUGUGCUCUCUGAAGUUACAGCGUGUGUGAGUGUGUGUGCGUGUGUGUGUGUGUGUGUGUGUGUGUGGCGGACCCUACUAGCUCAGGUGACUUCAUUCGGGCAUAUAGUAUAUAGAUAGAUACUCAGCCUGAAUUAUCAUUGUUACAAAUACGGUAUUUAAUUAGGUAACAUGCAAGGUCAGCCUGGGAAAAAUAAGAUCAUUUAUGUUAUUGCAUUUAUCCAGUGUUCUUUUAGAAUCCUUAUUAUCAAUAUAUUUGAAAAUGUUAAUCAUUAUCCUGAUUGGAGAGGAGUUUGAAUUUAUAGGCAGUUACCUGAGGUCCAGACUGUACAGCUUAUCUGUCUACCACCCUCUCCACAAAGGACAGCUUGGCUUUCAGAAAACCAAGAUCACCUGUCCUCCCCAUUUGAAUGUGGAAUUAUUUUAGGAUUUUUAGGACCGAAUCAUUUUACCAUUUGCCAGAGUCAUUCACAAAACUAUGUUAAUCAGCUUUUCUUUAUAACCAGGAAACACCUGCAUUUUGCAACACAAAACUAUGCAUCUCUGUAUUUUCACUUCAUACUCAGGUUUUUGUCCCAUUUCUUCCAGAAAGACCCUCGAAUACCUCAGAAGGACUAUGCAAAUCCACGCUGUGUAUCACUGCCCCUUGUAUUGCUUCAUCUCAGGAGGCUACUUACAUGUUUACUAUCUUCCGAAUCAUUUAAACAUGCAUCUGUUAUGUUUAGAUAUUCUUAACUCAAUAUAGCUUUCAAAUCCUAUGGCUGCUAAAAUGUUAUUAAUAUGUUUUUAAGGAAAACUCAUAUCGAUAUCUAAAGUAAUGAAAAUCUUCACAUUUACUGAAAGCUAGUUUUCUCUUCAUUUUAAUAUAUUACAAUUUCCUGUGAAGAUACACUGAUAUGUAAGAAAUAAGCGCAUUCCUUAUUAAAGAGCUAACUUUGUCAGGACUACUGUUAUCAUGGCCUAUAAUUAAAAAAAA